AUGGAUUCCCCAGUACAGCGAUCAGACCCAAUUGUUAUUCUCGGAGCAGGUGUCUUCGGUCUAAGCACGGCUUUGCAUCUUUGUCAGAGAGGAUUCACGGAUGUGACUAUUCUCGAUAAGCAAAAUUACGAUGAGUCGAAAUACUCAUACCUUGAGGGUUGUGAUGCACCAUCGGCUGAUAUGAACAAAAUCAUUCGAGCUGCGUAUGGGCCUGAGACGGUCUAUCAAGACCUGUCCUUCGAGGCCAUGGACCUAUGGAGAUCGUACAAUGACUACAUUUCUGCCGGAAGGGACCUACCACCUGGGUUGUCACAGAAGGACGAGAUUUGGGUCAACAACGGCAACUUGCAGAUAUGUGCGCAAAUUGAUUUGCCAUAUUUCGAGAGGAUGUCCAUCGAAAACAUGCGCAAGGCUGGGAAGAGAGACACGCAGGUUGUUGUGACCGAAAAGCACGACGUAAACAGAGCUGAAAAAGCAGGCUUUGGCUUUGCGGUUGACCCUUUCAGCCGAUGGCAAAAGAACAAACCCUACCAGGCACUGCUCGAUACAUCCGGUGGUUUCGUCUAUGCCGACAAGGCCUGCCGGCUGGUGUUGCACCUCGCACGCCGAGCCGGUGUAAAGGUCGUCUUGGGCCCCGAAGCUGAGUUUUCAGGAUACCGCGAAGACCCCCGAGGAAAUAUCACAGGGUUGGAGACAGUCGGAGCCAAAACAUACCCGGCUCGGCUUGUCGUGGUUGCUUGCGGUGGGUGGACUCAACAGAUCGUCCCCGGCAUGGACCAUUUAUGUGAGACAACAGGCGGUUCUGUUGCGGUGGUUAAGAUCCCAAAAACCCAUGCGUUAUACGAGCGGUUUUCACCGCACAACUUCCCCACAUGGACCUACAAGAUGCGUGAUGGGGACGACGGCGGUCUUUACGGAUUCCCCGUGGAUGAGAAUGGAUACUUCAAAAUUGGGUACCGAGGCACCAAGUACAUCAACCCACAAAAUCUCGGUGACGAGAAGGAAAGAUCGGUACCUGUCACAAGGUGGUCCAAACCAGAUUCCAUCACACGUAUACCUUCACACGCCUUGGAUCGCAUUCGUGGUUUUCUCGAGGAGUUUGUUCCAGAACUCGGUGAGACGGGCCUUGAUAUAACUUUCACUCGCCUUUGCUGGUACAACGACUCUUUCGACAACCACUUUGUUAUCGACCAUGUGCCUCAUAAGAAGGGACUGAUGGUUGCUACUGGCGGCAGCGGACACGCUUUUAUGUUUCUGCCCAACAUUGGGAAGUACGUAGUGGACAAGAUAGAGGGUAAGAGUGGCGGUCCCCUCGAUUACUGGAAAUGGAGAAAUCUAGAACCCUCGAAAAAGCCUGUCAAUGUUCUCGGCGAAGGUCGUCAGAGCGAGAGGGCGUUGCAGAACCAACGUCUGUAUCAGGACGACGAGCUAGUCCUAGGCGGUACUUCCGGUCUGGGUAAAAGGGCCAGGCUGUAG